AUGUCUGGGAAGGACAGAAUCGACGUAUUCCCGUCCAGAAUGGCUCAGACCAUCAUGAAGGCUCGUAUGAAAGGAGCGCAGACAGGCCGCAACCUUCUCAAGAAGAAGUCGGACGCUCUCUCCAUGCGAUUCCGUCAGAUCCUUCGCAAGAUUAUUGAAACAAAGACCAAAAUGGGAGAGGUAAUGAGAGAGGCGGCCUUCUCUUUGGCAGAAGCCAAAUUUGCCGCUGGUGACUUCAGCACUACUGUCAUCCAGAAUGUCAACAAAGCUCAGGUGAAGGUGCGUGCCAAAAAAGACAACGUGGCAGGUGUGACUCUCCCUGUUUUUGAGCAUUACCAAGAAGGCGGAGACAGCUAUGAGCUGACUGGUCUGGCUAGAGGAGGAGAACAGCUCUCCAGAUUGAAGAGGAACUAUGCCAGAGCUGUUGAGCUGUUAGUGGAGUUGGCCUCCCUGCAGACAUCCUUUGUCACGCUGGAUGAAGCCAUAAAGAUCACCAACCGCCGUGUCAAUGCAAUUGAGCAUGUUAUUAUCCCUCGGAUCGACCGCACUUUGACUUACAUCAUCACGGAGUUGGAUGAGAGGGAACGAGAAGAGUUCUACAGGCUGAAGAAGAUCCAGGAGAAGAAGAAGCAGCUGAGAGAGCGUACCGAGAAGGAAAUCGCUGCCCGCCUGGCAAAGUUGGGCCCCAUCGCAGAGCCCGCCAACAUGUUGACAGAAGAGACUGACGAAGAUCUGCUCUUUGAGUAA